AUGACGGGAGAUUCCAAAGUAAAGGUUCCAAUGGCAUUUGGCACGAAGCUAACUCCAUCUCUUGAGAAACCGACUGUUGAUGUGAAUCUCUCUCGUCAGAUGAUAGGAUCUCUAAUGUAUUUAAUAACUAGUAGACUGGACAUAAUGUUCUCUAUCUGUUAUUGUGCAAGGUUUCAAGCAAAUCCAAGAGAAGCUUAUAUGAUUGAUGUGAAAAAUAUAUUCCGGUAUUUGAAGCGAACCACAUCUCUCGGUCUUUGGUAUCCUGCAAAAUCUGGCUUCAUUGUUCAAUCUUUCUCUGACGCUGAUCUUGGUAGAUGUGGAUUAGACCGAAAGAGCACAACAGGUGGAUGCCAGUUCCUUGAUGGCAAACUUGUCAACUGGCAGUCAAAGAAACAAACUUGUGUGUCUCUUUCCACAGCCGAAGCUGAGUACAUCGUUGCAGCAUCUUGUACAUCGCAGGUCAUAUGGAUAUAA